AUGGACGCGCACGAUCUCUUCCGCCGGCUCGGUGCUGGGGCCAAGUUCGACGUGAGGCGCUUCUCGGCGGACGCAGCCCGAUUCCAGGUAGGAAAAAGGAAAUAUGACUUUGAUUCUUCGGAGGUGCUGCAGGGAUUGGACUUUUUUGGAAACAAGAAGUCUGUCCCAGGUGAACGUGGAGAAUCAAGAACUAACCAGGAGCUCCAAAACGAAGCGAAAAAAGAAGAGAGCCUAACUGAAAGGAAGAGGGAGCCGAACAAGAAAAAGAGGAAGAGAAUGGCUUCAGAAAUUACUUCAGAAGAAGAAGGUCCUACCAUACAGUGGAUAUCAUCUGUGGAAGCAAAAAUUGAAGAUAAAAAGGUUAAAAAAGAAAAUAAACUAACUUCAGGAAAGUUGGAGCAUAUCAGAAAAGAAAAGAUAAAUUUCUUGCGGAAUAAACACAAAAUUCACAUCCAAGGAACAGAUCUUCCUGACCCAAUUGCUACAUUUCAGCAACUUGAACUAGAAUAUAAAAUCAAUUCUCGACUGCUUCAGAACAUUCUUGAUUCAGGUUUCCAGACACCUACACCAAUCCAAAUGCAAGCCAUUCCAGUUAUGCUGCAUGGUCGAGAACUUCUGGCUUCUGCUCCUACUGGUUCUGGAAAGACUUUGGCUUUUAGCAUUCCCAUUUUAAUGCAACUGAAACAACCCACAAAUAAAGGCUUCAGAGCCCUGAUUAUAUCACCAACACGAGAACUUGCCAGCCAGACUCACCGAGAGUUGGUAAAAAUAUCUGAGGGAAUGGGAUUCAGAAUACACAUGAUCCACAAAGCAGCAAUUGCAGCCAAGAAAUUUGGAUCAAAAUCAUCUAAGAAGUUUGAUAUUCUUGUAACUACUCCAAAUCGACUAAUCUAUUUAUUAAAACGAGAUCCUCCAGGAAUAGACUUAACAAGUGUUGAAUGGUUGGUAGUAGACGAAUCAGAUAAACUAUUUGAAGAUGGCAAAACUGGGUUCAGAGACCAGCUGGCUUCUAUUUUCCUGGCUUGCACAUCCCACAAGGUCAGAAGAGCUAUGUUCAGUGCAACUUUUGCAUAUGAUGUUGAGCAGUGGUGCAAACUCAACCUGGACAAUGUCAUUACUGUGUCCAUUGGAGCAAGGAAUUCUGCAGUAGAGACAGUAGAGCAAGAACUUCUCUUUGUUGGAUCUGAAACGGGAAAACUUCUAGCCAUGAGAGAACUUAUUAAAAAGGGUUUCAAUCCACCAGUUCUUGUUUUUGUUCAGUCCAUUGAAAGGGCUAAAGAACUUUUUCAUGAGCUCAUAUAUGAAGGUAUUAAUGUGGAUGUUAUUCAUGCAGACAGAACACAGGAACAGAGAGAUAACACAGUCCAAAGCUUCCGAGCAGGAAAAAUCUGGGUCCUUAUUUGUACAGCUUUGCUAGCCAGAGGGAUUGAUUUUAAAGGUGUGAACUUGGUGAUCAACUAUGACUUUCCAACAAGCUCAGUGGAAUAUAUCCAUAGGAUAGGUCGAACUGGAAGAGCAGGGCAUAAAGGAAAAGCUGUUACAUUUUUCACUGAAGAUGAUAAACCAUUAUUAAGAAGCGUUGCCAAUGUUAUACAGCAGGCCGGAUGUCCUGUUCCAGAUUACAUAAAAGGUUUCCAAAAACUACUAAGCAAACAAAAGAAAAAGUUGAUUAAGAAGCCAUUACAAAGGGAGAGCAUUAGUACAACUCCAAAAUACUUCUUGGAAAAGACUAAGGAUAAACGGAAAAAGGUCACCGAUCAGAACAGCAAGAAGAAAGUAUCUCUUGAAGACAAAAGCUAA